UUCUGUAUUUCCUGUUCUUCGAAGCGAUAUUGAAAAAUCAACAAUGGCCAAGUCUAUGAGCAUUCUCAUGCUUCUUUUUUUGCUAGCCUUUGCUCCUUUGUGCCUAUGUAGCAAGAUGCUGGGGGGUUACCUCUACCCUCAAUUUUAUGACUAUUCAUGCCCACAAGCUCAGGAAAUUGUUAAGUCCAUCCUUACAAAGGUUGUUGCUGAAGAACCCCGAAUGGCUGCUUCACUUCUAAGACUUCAUUUUCAUGACUGUUUUGUAAAGGGUUGUGAUGCUUCAUUGUUGUUAGAUAGCAGCGGAAGCAUUAUUAGUGAGAAGGGGUCAAAUCCUAACCGUAAUUCAGCUAGAGGAUUUGAAGUCAUUGAUGAAAUUAAGGCCGCACUAGAACAAGAAUGCCCUUAUACAGUGUCUUGUGCUGAUAUCUUGGCUCUAGCUGCAAGAGAUUCAACUGUUCUUACUGGUGGACCAAACUGGGAAGUACCUUUAGGCAGAAGGGACUCUCUUGGAGCAAGCAUAAGUGGCUCCAACAACAACAUUCCAGCCCCAAACAACACAUUCCAAACCAUCCUAACAAAAUUCAAGCUGCAGGGGCUUGACCUUAUUGAUCUAGUUGCUCUAUCUGGGAGCCAUACAAUAGGAGACUCCAGGUGCACCAGCUUUAGGCAAAGACUCUACAACCAAAGUGGCAAUGGUGAACCAGAUUUCACUCUUGACCAAAACUAUGCUGCUGAGUUGCGUCCUAGGUGUCCAAAAUCUGGGGGUGAUCAGAAUCUAUUUUUCCUAGACUAUGUCACCCCAACAACAUUUGACAACAGCUACUUCAAGAACCUUUUGGCUUACAAGGGUCUGUUAAACUCUGAUGAAGUUCUCUUCACAAAGAACCAAGAAUCAGCAGAGUUAGUGAAGUUGUAUGCUGAAAGAAAUGAUCUUUUCUUUGAACAAUUUGCCAAGUCCAUGAUCAAGAUGGGAAACAUAUCCCCUUUGACAGGUUCAAGGGGAGAGAUCAGAAAGACCUGCAGAAAGAUUAACACUUGAUGAGGCAAUAUCAUUGCCAUUUACUGUCAUGUGACCACAUUUUAUUUAUGUGUUUCUUUUGUUUGUGCCCAAAAUAAUAAAAGCUGUUCUUUUUCAUGAUGAG